GUUAAAUCAAUAUGAAUAUUGAGGAAAUAUUUCUUAUUAAUUUAGGCAAUUCUUAAAGUUAAACUAAUUUGAGUUUCAAAGUCUAAAAGAACAUGAUUGUUGGAGACCUGCUUAUAUUUAUUCAAAAAAAUUAAUCUGAAUAAGGUAAAAUAGAAAUCUAUUUUACCAAAAAUGAACCUUUCAAAGAUAGUUACAAUUGUUAUUUAUAAUAAUUUCUCAAGACCUCCCUAGUCUAUUAUAAAAUGGAUGUUUCAUAAAAAUAAAUACAAUCAUAAUAUGUGAACAAUAAUAAAGAAAGUAAGUAUUCAUGAAAAUAAAAAGGUACAUAGGUUCAAUAAGGCAUCAAUAAUUCAGCUUAUAAUUAAUGGCAAUAAAAUUAAACAAAUUAAAACUAUUAAAAAAUAGAAUAAAAUAGGGAAUCUCAAAAGUAUAAUUUUUCAUAAAAAUUAGUUUGCUUGAGAAAAAAUAAGCUUAAAUUUAUAAUGAAUAAAGAAUAAAGGAAAUAGAGAGCGAAAAUAUUCAAUUGUAAAAAUAAGUCAGCCUUAUAGAAGAUAAGAUGUAGUAAAAAGAAAAGAAAAUAAUAGAAUUAUCUAGCUAAAUCAAUUAUCUUUUAAAUUAAAAUAAAGAUUAUAAAUCUAAAAUCGAGUAUUUGAUGAAUUAAAAUUCAAUAUAGUAAAAAGAAGAACAUAUAAAAGAAUUAUAUGACUAAAUAAAUUUUCUAUAAAAUUAAAAUAGAGAUUUUAGUUCUAAAAUUGAUUAUUUGAUGAAUUAAAAUGAAAGUUAGUAAAAAGAACAACAAAUAAAAGAAUUAUAGAAUUAAAAAUCAAUAUAAGAAUUAUAUUACCAAAAUAAUUUGCUUUAAAAUUAAAAUAGAGAAUUUAGUUCUAAAAUUGAGUAUUUGAUAAAAUAAAAUGAAAAUCUGCUUUAAAGAUCUAAUUAUAAUGAGAAAAGUGGAAAAAAAAUAAAUAUUUCAGAAUAAAAUGAUUUUUUUAAAUCAAAAGAUGGGAUGAAAUUUGAUGAUCUAGAAACUCAAGAAACCUAAACUUUUUUAAACAAAUGUGGGCAUAAAGUUGAAAAGAACAAAUUAUAAGAAAUAUUGUAGAAUUCAUUAAUGUAGAAAAUGAUAGCUAGAUGUUAGAUUUGUAAAUAGACUUUUUCAUCCUAGAUUUGUAAUUAGAUUGAAUUGAUUGGUAAAUAAUAUUUAGAAAUGAAAUUAACUUUAGAAUUACCUGAAUUACUCAAUAGUUUAAAAUCACUAGAGUAUUAAAAUUUAACUUUAGUUUAAUGUUAGAGUAACAAUUGUAGAUUUAUUUGUCUUUGGAAAUAAAAGAGUCAAAUACGAACAGAAUAAGGAUUUUGCCCGAAUUGCUUGUAAUUCUCUGUUAAGAAUCCAAAAGAGAUUCUUUACUUAACUAAUAAUUUUAAAUGAAAUUAAUUUUUUUAUCAAAAAUGC